AAGCUUGAGAAAGUCGUCAGUAACGCUUCACGGGACACUGCAAGCAUCUGCUUCAUCCCGUCGCCAAACGAGAGCUCCGUCUAGCUCCAGAGGGAAGCAACACGUGAUUCAGAGAAUCAACAAGUGACUGUCGGACGGAGACUCAGUCCCGUUCAGUGCCCGAGAAAGGAGGAGCGUCUCUGCCACUUUCGGUCUCACGGUCUCGAGAACUUGACCAACUUUUCUUUUAGCCCUUUUCAACUCAGCUCAAAACAGCAUCACAGAGCAAUGAGGCACGGUUGCUGGUUAGCGUGUUUCUCUCUCCUGGCCAUGGUCGCCGCGUCAUUCUCAGCUCACGUCCAACCCGUGUCGGAAAGUGACGUCGGGGAGAUCCCAGAGAGACUACGAGAACUGCUGCUCGUCCAGCGCCUAAUAUCGAGUCUGAACCCGGCAGAAGCACUCCCCGAGCUACAGGCCCAAGUCCAGCUUUCAUCCUCUUCCAGCCACUAUAAUUUGAAGAAAGACUUAGAGACUCUCUCUAAAGCUGCCGCUGCCGACAUCGACUUCCGGGCCCUGCGGGUCUCGAAGAGAUCAAUCCGAUCCUUCUGCAGCGGCAACGCCUCCAACCGCCAGUGCCGCAGCUUCUGCUUCAACCUCGGAGACUCCGCCUGCGCCGAUGGGGACCUGGGAGGCAAUGGAGAAGAUUCCAAAUUCCUCAGUGGGGGAAUGACCCCUGGAAAAUAAGACUCGUGCCCUUUUGAAAGCCUCCGGACAGCGUCUCCUCCCUUGCCCGAAGUGAAAUACUUUUUGGAAGCCGUAUGGUGUGCUCAUAUUUGCAGCCAGCUAGUCUACAAGAUUCCUGCGCCUGUCGCCCGUUAGACUCGCAACUUGAACUAUGUACAAUAUUAUGUAAACGAAACAACACGAGCCCGCGAAAACGUUGGUACCACUGAAGCCCCAUGUUACCAAUAUUAGCUUUUUAUUCAACCCAGCCAUUGGGGAACUCUGAUGCUGACACUGAUAUGGAUGGCCACUUCGUUUUUCUCUUCAUUGAAUUAGGCCUAUUUGGAAUCGGCUUGUUUCAACAAAUAAUAUAUAAGGAACGUCAUUUCUGCCAACAGUAGAGAGUGUACUAUUUCCCAAACAAAUAUAACAUCCAGCUUGUAGUCUGACACGCAUGAUAUAUAUAUAUAUAUAUAUAUAUAUAUAUAUAUAUAUAUAUAUAUAUAUAUAUAUAUAUAUAUGUAUAUAU